CCCUGCAAUCCUUUGGAGGGUGGCGGAGGUGCGCGCUGUACGGAGAUCGGAAAAGUGCAUGUCUCUAUUUACUGGCUUCCCACUCCAUGUCAUGCAUUCGUAGGCAACAGCUGCAUAGUUUAGACAGCGACUAGAUUCCAGGCGUUAAACCUAUUUUAGAGACGGAUUUAUUUAUUUUCUUAAUCGGCGGAUUUUCUUUCUGGAUUUGAGAAGAUGGUUAUUCGUGUGUUCGUCGCCUCCUCUUCUGCCUCUAUCGCGAUCAAGAAGCGGCAACAAGACAUAGUGGGAUUCCUGGAGUCUAACAAGAUUGAAUUUGAAGAGAUUGAUAUAACAAUGUUGGAAGAUCAGAGACUCUGGAUGUACCACAACAUUCCUCAGGAGAAGCAGCCUGCGAAAGGAAACCCACUCCCACCUCAGAUAUUUAACAAUGAUGCAUAUUGUGGAGAUUAUGAUGCUUUCUUCGAAUCAAAGGAAAAUAAUACGGUUGCCACAUUUUUCGGUUUGAAACCAAAAUCUACAUCACAGGACUCUGAACCAUAGUUCCUUGAAGACCCACCUGUACCCCAAAUGGUUUGCCUUGUGUAGAGCUGCCUCUCAGCUUGGCUAUUCUUUAUUGGAACACUUCAGCGCAGUAAAUGCCUUGUGUUAUGUCGUUGACCAUUGCUCUAUAUCCCAGCUUAUCACAAUAAAACCUCCUUGCUGUAACGGCUUUAAGAAGAAAAGAAUCAUUGGUCCUGUCUACUCUACACGAAACAGUCAAGUUGGUGACAAAACUGGAUAGAUCCUGGUUGCUGCUUGCCGUCUUGCCUUAGUGAGUGAAUUUAGGUUCAUCUGAGCAGUGUUGUAUCGGUGUUCUGCCUUCGCCAACACCAUAAUUGCUCCACCACGGGUUAAUGUCAAUAGUGCAACGUUUAUAUAAGGACAUCUCCUCUCUACGACAUGCAUAUAGCCAUUAGUGGUGAUUAACGGAAGAAUAAAAAGAUUUUUGUAGAUGAAUACUUACUGAAAGGGAUCAACUUUGUAAAACACUGGCUACUGGAGGAACUCAGCUGGACUAUUCGUUGCCAGAACACCUCAGCACUUAAGUGUUACGUUGUCAACCAUUGCUGAACUGGAGGCAAGGGGGUAGUUGACAUUUUGGGUCAUUAGACCCAGUGGAGGGUGUAGACCCAAAAAUGUCAACUAUCACUUUGCAUCCACAGAUGCUGCCUGACUCACUGAGUUCCCCCAGCAGUUUGUUCCUUUUUUCCCUGAAGAGAUCUGGUGUUUUAUGUCUCUUUAUGAAAAUACAUCAUACAAAAGGCUGGAGAGUUUUGAGGAACUACUGCUGUUAUUUCAAUCUCUACUGUGCAGAAAGCAUGCUGAGAUCAUUACUGGAGCAAUGCCAUUAUUAUAAUGCUAGCAAAGGCACAAUACUAUAUCAUGUGACCUGGUAGGGAUGUAUUAAAGGCUUUUUGAUUUUGCUGAGA